AUGUCCAAGACAACGGACCGCGAUGCGCUGUGUUGCAAGAAAUUGAAGACGUCGACCGGGGACGCAAAGGCGCAGGGACUUGAUGGAAAGCGCCUGCGUGCCCAGGUACGUGACGCGAUUCGACUGCGUCCGAUGCUCGCGAGGAAAGAAGUGGCUGCGAGUGGCAGUUCUGUCAUGGUCGCGGGCGCGAUUGAAGGAAGGCCUGUUGAAUUUGUCGAGUCGGGGAAGCCUAGAAGUGGCCGUGUUGUGUCGUUCAGUCGUGGUGACCAGUCCUGCGUCGUGAAUUGUGGCGACGGCAGUCCUGUUCAUUUGGACCUCACGACCGCAUGUGCCAAGGUGAUGUACGAGAUUGGAGAAAUGCACGAGUCUAUCGUGGCAGAAUUCGUGGGCUGCACCAUCGAGCUCGAUGCUCCAGCAACAAUUGGGGUAUUGAAACAGCACGAUAAGGACCUUAUGUGCUCCUUGGUGCGCUUCGACGAUGGGACAAAGGAGUGGCUUGAUCUGUCCCAGCGCAGAGUGUGCCUAGUACUGGGGGUGAACAGCGCAGGUUGUCACUCUUUGGAUGCAGUUUCGUCUCAAGCGGAAAACGACGGCUCGAUCAACUUGGCAUUGCCAUUGGAAUCGAGGGCGGGCAAGACACCGCGUUGUAGUUGGUACCAAGAAGGUCAUCACGUCGAAUUGUACGAUUCCGUCGGGAAAUUCCAAGAAGGAGCCGUCAUUUGUUCCUGUGACGAACAUGCGGGCAGUUUGGUUGUGGCGAACGAAUCCAGGGGAAAAUUUGAAAUCGACAUCACCACACAGCCGCACAAACUGGUGUUGCAUGGCUUCAGCGUUCUCAAAGACAUCCCUGUGGACCACAUCGUGGAAGUGUACAGCACGACGAAAGGAGGGUUCCGGCGAGGAUCGAUUUUGAAGAAAGCCGAAAGUGGCAAGUUGAUCCCAGUGCUCUUUGAGCACUCUGAAUCUAUCGAGUGGGUGGAUCUCUCGUCGCAAACGUUCAAGGUGGUGUGUUUUCCCAAGCAGAUCCGACCGCUGUCGGCGCGCGAGCGCCAACUCUCGGACGAUGCAAAUCGGAGACACGCAGACAACAACGUGCACGUGAACUUGGCCAUGUCCUAUGGCCAGGACAGGAUAAACGAUGGCUCGGUAUUCCGUUUUCCAAACCUGCCCGAGGGCACUCAAAUCGAAGUGUACCACAGCGACAAAUCCGUCUAUGUCAAGAACACUGUCGUACGCCAAGUGCAUUUGCGUCCAUACGUGUAUGAGUUGCAUGCAACGACGACGGGAAGUCGAUCUGUCGUCGAUUUGGCCGCCACGCGAUGCAAAGUAUUGCUAAAAGACUCAACGGGACUUGAUUUGAGGACACUCGUCGCGCACGUGAUUGAGGUGUUUGUCAAGGAAGAAAAGCGCGUGGAUGCGGGGCGAAUCUGCGGUUGCAACAACAAAGGGCGGAUGUUGCAAGUUCGUUUUCAAGGCGGGCGAAAGGAAUGGAUUGCCCUGAGCGCGAGGAAGCUCAAGAUUCGAUUGCACGAAGCACCCAUUGUGGAGCCACUGGUGUUCACACGUGCUCGAAGCAUGGACAAUCAAAACACUGACGACGAUGCCGCUCGCAAGACGCUGCAGAGAAGCCACAGCUAUUCGAUCCCACAGAUUCAAAAUCCGCCGUCGCCUCACCCCGUCCGACGGUCUUUCUCGUCAUCCAACAUGAUGAUCGUGCGUUCCCCGGUGUCUCAAUUGAGGCGGAUGAAGAGCUUUCACAACCCCGGCGACGCUGGUCCUGGUCACCCCGUGCUUGCUCGCACCAAUUCGAUGGAGAGCUUGGACGGGUACACCAUCGACUCAGCAAGGACAGUCGAAAGCUUGGCCGAGUCCGAUAUUGCCGACCCUCACGCCGAAUGGAGCAUGCAGAUCGACCCGUCGUCAAACCAAACAUAUUACGUUCACACUCCAACAGGCACGAGCCAGUGGCAUCCGCCCCCCAACGUCGAUGUCCAUGCCCUUCAGUGGAUCGCGACGGACUCGAUGGAACAACACCACGUCGAUCACGACGCUCCCAUCGUCCAUACCCCCAUCGGUCCGAUCGAGGCAGUUCGGCAUAUUCGAACGACUCUGCACAACUAG